AUGGUAUAUGUCUCCUCCAACCUUUUCCUCCCACGUGUCCGCCCACAGAAGCCUGCGUUGUUCAGCUUCUCACAUUCUGAUGACCAAGUAAUGAAAGUGCCUGUAGCUGACAGGCGCUGUGAUUGGCUGUCCCCUGGCCCCUCCUUUGCUCCGGCCGGCUGCACGCGAGCGGUGUGUGUCUAUCCUCCGUAUUGCUCCUGCAGUGUUUGGAUGAGGAGGUGGAGGAGGAGAAGGAGGAGAACCCAGUCAGCCUGCAGUCGCAUGUCCGCCCCGCUAUGCUCCUACUGUGGCCACACCACUCUGCAAGGACUCCUUACCGACUCAGAGCUCCAUGAUGAGGACCAGAAGUGA